AUGUCCGUGUUCGAAACCGAACGUCUGAAUUACGCAGAUGACGUCUACGCGAUUCACUCCAUCCCCAUCGGCAGGGAUUCUCAACGUCACAGACGCACCACCGCGAUAUUACUGGCCAGCUUCGGAUUCGCAUCAUGCAUGAGUGUUAUACUCUCAAUAGUUGCGGUCGUCAGGUCUGGGCAGGCGCUGCAAAGGCAAAACGCCCCGGGGUCGGCAACCCCCACCAUCGACAACGCCACCACGCAACAAAACGCCCAAUUCCAGCCAACCCGGAAAGUGGCCUUUGGCAGCUGCAGCGCGUUUGACCUUCGUCCACAGCCUAUAUGGACGGAAGGGGUUAUCCCCGCUCAACCUGAUGCCUGGAUUUGGGUCGGUGACAUGGCUUACCUGGACACCCCCCCGGUAUCCUGCGACCUGCUGGGGCCCAGCCUCGCCGCCCAGAGCCGGUGGUGCAACUGCAGCGGGGCCAGCAGCUACAUCACCCUGCCGGGGCAGUGCAUGGCGGGGGACGUGGACGCAGCCACGGAGCGAUGGGUACAUGCGAUCCACAAUCCGGACUACCGAGCGUUCCUAGACUUCAUGUGCCCGCCGACCCACGGGUCCGUCGGUGCUGCCACCACGUCCACAAUCGGAGCUGAGCCAGGUCGCUUCCCGCCCACUGGCACCGACCCGGCGGUAUGCCCCCGACCCAUAAUGGGGGUGUACGACGAUCAUGACUACGGCUGGAACAACGGUGAUCGGCGUAUGCCCAAGAAGGCGGAAUUCAAGAGAAUGUUUCUAGACGCGGUGGGGGAGGCGCCGGACAGCACUCGACGGGGGGGGGAUUCGGGGCUGCAGGCUGCCUUCACACUGAACGGCGGGGGCCCGGAUCGUGACAUCGAUGUCGUACUGCUGGACGAGCGGUGGUACCGCGAUCCGAUGCCGUGCGAGAUGCGCCGUGACUGGUGCCAAUCCGUAGUGCUCCCCGACCCCUCCCAUCCCCGACUGGGCUGGUGUCGUGACUUCCUGUUGGGAGACGGCGAGGGGGCGACGGGGAGGGGCUCCUGCUGCAGCAAGGACCAGGAGCUGGCGGCCUGGUGCAGCCUGCCUUCCAGCCGCGCCCACCCGCUGUACGGCGCUGCUUGUAACGUGGCGUCCUCCGAGUGGGGCCGUGUGCCGCUGGUGGUGGGCGCGGACAACACCUCCUUGGUGGUUCUGACGGGGGGUGGAGGGGGCCGCAACGGAUCUGGAUCCGGAUCUGGGUGGGACGAGCUGACAGGGGACCAACUGGCCGUGUUGUGGCCUCGACUGGUACAGGCCCGGGACUCCCCCGUGUGUGAGGUCCUAGGUGCCGCGCAGCGCACCUGGCUGUACGACCACCUAACCGCCAGCUCCGCACCCGUGCACCUGCUGGUCAGCGGCUCGGUGCCUCUGGGCGGUGUGGGGUACAAGGACCCCGACACGGGGAACGUGUGCUCGGGAGACGACUGGAACUGCUGGCAGCCCGCCCAGCUCAACUUCCUCCACAGCCUGGCCAACGCCAGCUCGGGCUGUGUGGUGCUGCUCACCGGGGACUAUCACUACGGCGACAUCAAGGUGGUGGCGCCAGGGGGGGAAACACCCUACGCAGCAACACUCCAGACCAACAAGAUUAAGAAACACAUGUACCAGGUGAUGUCCAGCGGCAUGACGAGCAGUACGGCACAGUACGACGGGACGCCGUGCGAGGGCACCUUCCGUGAGGACCUGUUGGGUCUGAGACCUCUGGGUCGCUGUGGCAUCACAACCAAACCCAACUUUGGAAUGGUGGAGGUGGAUUGGGAGGCUGGGGUGGUGCACCUGACCAUUCGGAAUGCGGCGGGUGGUGACGUGGCCACCACUCAAGACUCCCCCGUGGCGGGUACCGGAGCGGCGAAGUUGCAGCACGUGGCCUUUUCGCUGCAGACUUGCAAGCCUGUGGCUGUGUGA